UCUCUGUAGUCUCCCAGCUCGAUCGCCCACCUUUAACUGCGGCUGCACUUCCCUCGGGGCACGAAGUCCUCGCACCUGACAGCAAAAAUGUCCGAGAAGGGAGCCUUCGACACCAAUGUGCUGACCCUCACCAGGUUUGUGCUGGAGGAGGGCAGGAAGGCCCACGGAACCGGUGAGCUCACCAACCUGCUCAACUCCAUCUGCACGGCCGUCAAAGCCAUCUCCACCGCUGUCAGGAAGGCCGGCAUCGCCAACCUGUACGGCAUCGCCGGCAGCACCAAUGUGACGGGGGACCAGGUGAAAAAACUGGACGUCCUGUCCAACGACAUGGUCAUCAACAUGAUCAAGUCAUCUUUCACCUCCUGCGUGCUGGUGUCCGAAGAAAAUGAGCGGGCCAUCGUCGUGGAAGCGGACAAGAGAGGCAAAUACAUCGUCUGCUUUGACCCGCUGGACGGUUCCUCAAAUAUCGACUGUCUUGUCUCCAUCGGGACCAUUUUUGCCAUCUACAAGAAGAGCACAGACGAUGCGCCCAUCGAGGAGGACGCCCUGCAACCGGGGAGGAACCUCGUAGCCGCCGGUUACGCUCUGUAUGGCAGCGCCACCAUGUUGGUCCUGUCCACCGGACAAGGCGUCAACUGCUUCAUGCUUGACCCGGCGGGCGGCAUGGCCACCACGGGGGCCGGCAACGUUCUGGACAUCCAGCCCACCAACAUCCACCAGAGGGUCCCCGUGGUGCUGGGCUCGCCCGACGACGUGCAGGAGUACAUUGCCAUCUAUAAGAAGCAUCACAAAUGAGGUCAUUCCCUCGACUGCACUGAAACCACAAAGCGACAAUCCACCGGGGACACACAGAUUCUGUUUGCAUCUCAUGUAUCG